AUGGCGAUCGGAAAUCAAGCGAUUGCGGUGCCAAAGCGAGUGGCAACUACCUUUGACACGCUCUCUCUGAGUCUUGACUUCCCAAACGAAGACCAAGCACUCUGGUGGAAAGACACUGCUCCUUUGCUUGAGAGACUGCUUUCGGCCACCGGAUAUGACGUUCAUUUGCAAUACCUGCAUUUGAUCUUUCACUAUCGUUAUGUUCUUGCAGCGCUCGGACCGUAUCCGAAAGCAAAAUCAGACAGCAUUGUCCCAGGCGGCUGCCCAUAUGAGCUCAGUGUCAACUUCCAGCAAGGCAAGACUGUUGUUCGAUUCGACUUUGCGCCAACGACUGCAAUUGGACAGACUGGUCGAAGCCAUGAUCAAUAUUGCCCCUGGCCAACGGUCAACAAAUUACUGGCAGAGCUGUCGAAUGAUGGCCGCGAGAUCGACACCAGGCUGUACAAUCAUUUCAUCAAUGCGCUCGCUGUGACAAAGAAGGAUCUUUCGGCCCUCCAGAAGUGUCCGACCAUGCAUUUGAGUACGCAAUCUAUUCUUUCUUGGGACUUGAAGAGCUGCUUCAAUGAUUUGAAGAUGUACUUCUUUCCGCUGGUGAAGGCAGACGCAGUCAGGGCUCCUUCUGGUCAACUUGUAUUAAACGCUGUUCGCGGGGCAGAUGGUGGACGAUUCAUCUCUCCAGCAUUCAACUUGGUAGAGACUUCCCUGGGAGAAAUGGGGCUUCUUUCCAAUGUGUGCAUACUUGGAUGGGAUUGUGUGCCCGACGAGGGCCGGGUGAAGAUAUAUCUUGCCGAGCCGAAUGUGACUAAAGCAAAUGUUCACCAUCUAUGGACCCUCGGAGGACGGCUCAACAGUUCUACCAUUAACAAAGGGUGGGAACUGCUUUCAAGGUUAUGGGAUUAUUUAGGUAUACCGGAAGGAGUGCGGUCCACUACUGAACUCGGCCAGCCCGAGCAAGAGGAUGGUCGAAGUGGAUUGACCUUUUCCUACGAAUUGCGACCCGGAAGCCUGGAACCCGAGCCAAAGAUCUAUAUUCCACUCGUUGGGGAAAAUGAUAUGGCUGUAGUCAGAAGCCUGGCUCAGUUCACCUCGGACCUUGGCUGGACAGAUCUUGAUAGCUACCCGUCCAAGCUGGCAAAUGUCUUCUCUCAUGUUGACAUGAACAUUUCCACUCGUCUUAUCACCUCCCUUUCUUUUGCCUACACAGAGGAAAAAGGGCCGUACAUGUCGGCCUAUUACUUUUCAUCGGGGCGAUACCCCUGGGAAGGUUCUCGACUGUUGUAG